CAUGUUUCGAACUCAACGUGUUCCUGCGAACCGACAAAGAAAGGGAAAAGGUCUCGCCGUCCAUUGAAAGACCUCUUUGUCAUUCACUGGGAAUCCGCUGGGCCACAAUACGCCAGAUGUGACUCGCCAGCUGGGUAUUUAGCUGGGACGUUCUCUACUUCCGCAUUCCCAACAUUCUCCUCUCAGUUUCUCGGAUAACGACAAUUAUUUUCGUUUAAUUUUUUAUUUUUUUAAAAAAAAAAUUCAAACGUCUCUCGCACUUUCUUUUGUGCCUCCACCUAAUUAGCAUUUGCACCCGCUAUCAACUCUCCUUAUAUCUUGAGACAUAUCUUUUAGAAGACCAGUUAGAAGCUGCUAGACAGCACACCACAGACGACAAAUCCCUUGCUUUUCAUUAUUUGCCCUUCAUCCUCCCAUCUACCCGAUUUACCCGAUCACGCGACACACCAUCUGGCAACAAUCAUACCCGUUCGCAUCGGCAGGCAUUCGUUACCUACGAGAUGGGUCUAUCCACUUUCAUCGAGCUCGGCAAAACCGCCGCCCAAGGCAAGCAGGCUAUGGAUUCCUUCAACCCGCAGACAGCGACAGCCCUGGGCAAGAAGGCGGCCACGGCACCGCUCAAGGUCUGGGAAAACAUCCCGCGCUGGGUCGUCCGCGGCCUCCAGCUCCUCCUCGGCCUCAUAGUGGUGGCACUCUACGGCCACCGCGUGGACGCGGACCGCAAGGCCGGCAACGCCCAGGUGGCGGAGUGGGUGUUUGGCGUCGCCGUCGCUAGCAUGUCGUGCAUCACGGCCGUGGUGUUUGCGCUUGCCGCGCCCCUGGGCGCUGUGAGCGACAAGUUCAAGACCUACCGCUUGUUUGCCUGGGAUGUCGUGCUCUUCGUUCUGUGGAUUAUUCUGUUUGGCGUCAUGGGGAUGAUCUUUCUGAAGCGGGACGAUGGGCUCGACUACAAGGGGGCUAGUACUUCAACCAUGAAAAAGGUUGUCUGGUUGGAUCUUGUCAAUUCCAUUCUUUGGAUGGCCAGCGGCGUUUACGGGUUUGUCAAGAAGUUUCUAGGUGCGAAGGUCGAUAGCGUCGGUGGGCGUGUUGCUGGAAGAUUGUUUGGGAAGAAAGCGCAGCCGGCCAAGGAGGUGUACGAGGUCUAGGGUUCCUGUUGUCUCCUCCAACCUCUUGCAUACCAUCUCAGGCAUUGUUUCACGUCAAGCUUGUACAAUUACACAAUUUAAUCGGUGAGCGAUGCUUGAUGUUUUCACACCAGCCCGAUAUGCACAGAUGACACGUCAAGCAGAUGCAGAAGAUACAGCACAAGAGGCUGGCAACGCUACGACAUUGUUAGCCUUCUCGUCCCUCGGGGCACAACUGGUCUUGUGGCAAUAAUUUGACUCACACCUGCAUCGGGGUUCCCUCUUUCCUCACUAUGGUCUGCGUCCGCCGCUUGCAGAAAGGGAAGUCGAUCCGCUGCGGAGCUGCGCUCGGAAGGUGCAGCGGAGUCACGGUUGGGGUUGGGUUUGACAACGACUCAGUUGUCA